AUGAAGUUCACCGCGGCUCUUUCCCUGGCCCUUGCCACCUUCGUGGCCGCCAUGCCCGCCGAAGAUCUGUCUAAGCGCCAGGCCAUCAAGAAGGGCGGCAGCACUCUCGUCUUCAAGGAGCAGGGUGGCGUACCCGGAAACGAGUGCCUCACUUUCCGCAACAACGGCGAGAUCGUCAACGCUGCCUGUGUCAACACCGCUGCGGACAGACAGAUCACCCCCUCGACCCAGGGCGGCAACAACGUUCUUCUCGUCCAGCGUUCUUUCACUGCCGGCUUCAGACCUGACUUGGUGAACAAGCAGGCUUGCGUCGGCUUUAACGGCACCGCUUUUCGGGCCGAGGACUGCGCUUCGAAGAAUGUUGAGUUUGUGGCCCAGUCUGGCAACCAGCUUGUUGCCUCUGGCGGCGCCUGCUUGAACGGUCACGAUAAUAAGGCACAGGUGACUGUGUCUGCACAAGGACAGGGCUGUGCCGAGUUCACCACCACCUCUGUCAAGGCUACUGCCCCACAGCUCAUCUAUACCAUGAGUUCACUGUGUGUCUUUCACGGAGGCUACUACCAGGUAGUUGGGUUGCAGAUUGCGGAAUCAGAUGUAAGCAGGCUCUGCACAUAUCCACGUCAUUGUACAUGGCCAUCGACCAUAGCCUGCUUAUUGCAUAGAAGCUACCUCCACGUCAUAAGUAUGUCAGCCGCGGACAUGUCGCGCUGGCACGAGACCAAUUGCGAUCUCCCUCGUGUUGAGGUCGAAGAUGGAAUCCCCGUCUGUCGGGCGUGUCAUCGAACGGCCCAAGCGGUCGAGCCAACAGCAGACGAUGUCACGGCCGGUUCAAUCCCGGCCAUUCCUCCCAAUCAGGCAACAGGUAUGAUGAACCUGUGGUGGCCUCAUUCUGUUCCGUAUAGGCUUCCGCCAGAUGUUGUCAACAGCCACUUCAACAAGUCGGACAAGAGCCAAGAAGUCAGCGAAGUAGCAGAAAGUCUUUGCAUUCAAAGGAGACCAACCGGAAAAAAUGCCGAAGAAAAACACACUAUUCCAGCACUUCAUCCAUCACCCAUCUAUCCGAAGACAAUCCGAUCAGAAGAAUUCCGCCUGAUCAAUUUCCCGGCUGCCGAAACUUGCGAUGGUCUUGUACACCUGGACCUUGAAGUUCACGCCUUUGACAAUUGCCCCGAAUACGAGGCAGUGUCGUAUACCUGGGCCGGAGAGGACGAUGAUGGUGCUUUGAAGCAUCCCGUUUACGAGAUGCUUCGCUUCGUGCGACCCAAGCGAGGCUUACGAAUGCUGUGGGUCGAUGCCAUUUGCAUCAAUCAGGCCAAUGUCGCCGAGCGUAACGGCCAGGUUGCGAACAUGGCGCGAAUCUACUCAGAAUGCGUUCGUUGUGUCGUGUACCUCGGACCCGAUAUCGCUAUACGCCCUGAUGAGGACUACCCUCGACGAAGACGACUCCAUGAACUAGAAAUGGGCUUAACAGUACCUAAGUUUCCUACGCAUUCGACAGUGCCCCAGCCUAUGUUAAGACUAAAAGCUAUACUUGGGCGCAAAUACUUCUCUCGCGUCUGGGUAGUACAAGAGCUACUCCUCUCACACAACGUCGUUAUUCGUAUUGGUGACGUUGACUUCUGGAUCGACCCAAUUGGUGCGUCUUAUUUUUCAAUGAAGGCCUCCAGUUGGAAAUGGGAAAAAACAUACGCUCCCUGGGCUCAGCAUCUGACACAGGGUCAACCUAUGUCGAAAGACCUCACUGAGCUCUUAUUACUCACUUCAAAGUCACACUCUACUGAUCCUCGCGACCGCGUAUUUGGUGUAUUUGGAAUUUUGCCUAAAUCUGGGGACCAUUCAACUCGGCGUUACGCAGGUACACCGUUGCUGUCGGAGAAUGGCCUAAAAGCCGACUACUCGUUAUCAGCAAAUCAAGUUUUCAUCGGCACUUUCGCAUACUCCUUGUUGGUCCUCAAGAAACUAGAGGUGUUAUACCAGGCCUGUGGGCUCACAGGCCGUGCCCGAGACUAUCCCUCCUGGGCCCCAGACUGGAGAUGCAAGGACUGGAAUGCUAUCUUCAGCCCUCCCAGAACCGUUGGCAGACUGAAGCACAUCUGUGAGAUAAUCUCGAGGGAAAGUCCCACAUAUCAAGUCAAAAGCACAGCGUCCGAGUCAUUGGGCUCUGGAAUUGAUUGGAUUGAGGCAAACAAAUCAUGGCACCAAGGAGCCUUUGUCAAUAGUGCCACGGGAGCCUUGAAUGUGAAUCUAACGCAAUUCUUCACCUUCAAGACUAGACCGAUUCGUAUUGCCCGAAUGCAGGCCUAUCACAUCUUCGUCAUGCAACCUGAAGGCGCCAACGCAGCCUACAUCCUAUCAGAGUUUCGCCUCGACAAGCUCAUGGGUCUCGGAAACGAGAAAAUGUUUGUCUUGAAUGCGAGCGAGACUGACAAGAUUUUCCUCGUCCUACAGCCCAUAGGAAAUUCAAAGACAGAUUUUGCGCUCGUUGCGUCCUGUCCAUAUGCCUUCAUUGGGCAACCUGGCCAUCUAGAUUCAUCUGAAAAAAGACAUGGCCCAUCCUCCAGUGGCUGGAAUCUCCUCAAAGUUCUUCAAUCAAGCCUCUUCGACUCUCUCAGGAGACUUCAAGAAAUUUGCCUUGAAAAUAUCGUGGAUAGUCACGAUCACGGUGGUGAAGUGAGAAGGCGUUUGCUCCCCCAUGCACGAUUUUACCGUGAUCUGGUACCUCUAUACCUCAGACUGGUUGCUGAUGAUCAACCUGGCGUGACUCGGUCUGAAACCACAGCUGAGUUCUACCUUCGGUGGCUGACGGACCGGUAUGUGCCCCGGGUGGAGGGAGAAUCUGUGAUAUUCAAGUUCAGCAUGCGUGAGUGGAUAAGAAGCCACGAGGUGACGGGAAAUGCGCCAGAUAGUCGGACCCAGCAGGCUGUAGAUUGGUACCUCUCUACAGUUCGAUUGGAAUGGAAUGGCUCGAAGGUUGUUCCCGAGAACUAUCAAAAUCCAUGGGAAUUUCGGGUUGCAGGUCAAGGUUGGAAACCAGCUCUGAUGACUCAAUGGGACUUGGAGAGACAUCAUAACCGAUACUCGAAAUCGUUACUGGCAGAGUGGGUUGAAGUACGAUGCCCAAUUUCCAACUUUGAAGACUGGAUCUCGAUAAACAGAAAGUCAUCACUGUACCAUCUCCUUUCGGCAAUCCACAGGGCUUCAAGGGAAACAGGGGAAGGUCUUUCGGAUCUUAUUUCAAGAAAGCCGAAAGAAAGUGAUCGCUAUGUGGGCUGUAUAUCGAGGUCAGAGGACAUGGAACUUUGGAAUGAGCUAGGAAUCUAUGAUAGCACGUACAUGGUCAGUAUCUCGUGA